AAGAUAGAAAAGCAAGGCCCUCGUUAUGAAGAGACCUGCUCUCCCAGAACUCUCAUACUUCUCUCUCCCCAAGAAACACCCAACGCUCAAUCCAUCUCUCCUCUCUUCCCAAUUCUCAUAUGUAUAAAAGCCUCUGCUUUCAAAUCCCAAUCCUCUCGCUCCAUACUCCCCAUAUAUAAAACCUCUCUUUCAAAAUCUCAGCUCUCUGAAACCCGCUCGCAGUUCAGUUUUGCAGAUCUUCCACCUUCUAGAUCGCUCUUCAACGACUCCCGAAUCCUAUAUUUCUCCCACAUGAAGAAAGAACCCUUUGAAGAUUCGAGGAAAGAGAACGUAGUAUGGCGGAUCAAGUCUUGGAAGGCAGCCAACCGGUAGAUAUUUCCAAGCACCCAUCUGGCAUUGUCCCUACUCUUCAGAACAUUGUGUCAACAGUCAACUUGGACUGCAAGUUGGAUCUUAAGACCAUCGCGCUGCAAGCCCGAAAUGCAGAAUACAAUCCAAAGCGUUUUGCAGCUGUAAUUAUGAGGAUAAGGGAACCGAAAACUACAGCUUUAAUCUUUGCUUCUGGAAAGAUGGUUUGCACUGGCGCCAAGAGUGAACAACAGUCAAAAUUGGCUGCACGUAAGUAUGCUCGAAUUAUUCAAAAGCUUGGAUUUCCAGCCAAGUUUAAGGAUUUCAAGAUUCAGAACAUAGUUGGCUCCUGUGAUGUAAAAUUUCCAAUUAGGCUUGAAGGUCUUGCAUAUUCUCAUGGCGCCUUUUCAAGUUAUGAACCAGAACUCUUUCCAGGGUUGAUUUAUCGAAUGAAACAACCAAAGAUUGUGCUGCUAAUCUUUGUGUCAGGAAAAAUUGUUCUUACUGGAGCUAAGGUUCGAGAUGAGACCUAUACAGCAUUUGAGAACAUAUACCCGGUUCUUACUGAGUUCAGGAAAAACCAGCAAUGAUUUUUAUGGAAAGGGCACCAGACAUGAGGCAUGAAGGCAAUCUUUGGAAUAGUGUGUGUUGUGACUGUUUAAAUCUGUGGAUUUAUCUGUGAAUAGGUAAAAGGCAUUGUGGAUCCUUUCUUUUAAGAUAAAUUAAAAUGAAGACUUGGGUUCCAUUUCGUGUCAUUUUCUCUUCCCUUUCCCCCUCAAGAGGAUAGUGUUGUUGAUGAGAAUAAAAUAAAGAAGCUAGAAGAGAACUUUCCACUGUUGGUUAUCAUCCUGUGGCACUUUUUCGAAUUGACUAAGGCUGAACUGGUUUAUUCU